CCCGUUACUAGGCAGCGAUAACGGUGAUCGUUUGCUCAGUAAUGAUGGAGAAAAUAUCUCCCUCAAAGAAAUGAAAAGUCAGGACCAGGUGAUAUUAAUGUCGGUGUAAUAUUGUGUGAAGUAAGUCGGUUUCGAUACGGACUAAACCACAACUUCAGGUCGCUUUAUGCUCAAUUUAUUGUAAAGAAAAGCAUCAUGGCCUCUUCAGGAGAUAUUCGUGAAAAACUGCGAAAGAAACGUCGAGCUCUGAAAGAAACUUUGAAGAACAGAGACGAGGAUGACGUUCAGGCUCUGGUUCCGUCUACCAAAAUGAGUAAGGGAAAACUACAAACUACAAUAAAGGAACCUGAAACCAGUGAAGAAGAUCCAGGAGAGACUCUGAAACGCACUUUUAGGACACAAAGAGAGAGGAAGAAAAGGCUGCUUGAACAGUCUUCAUACCAGCAGCAUGAAGAAGGCGGUUUGGAGGAGAUCUCGUCUGUUCAACACCGCAGUGAAGACGAGGAGUCAGCUGAUCAAGCAGGUGAAAAGUCUGCAGUUUUGUCAAGACCUCCGACUGGAUCUCUGAAAGGUCGCUCUUCAAAAAUUCUACAUUCUCCUGGCUCUCAGCAUUUAGACGACUUAGUGACACGACGCUUGCAAGAGAAACUGAACGCUGCCAGAUCAAAAGGUGAAAGUCUCCAGGAGCAGGAAGCCCCUCUGGAGCCACCAAGUCGCCUACAAGGACUCAGAGACAGAGACACUGUGACCAGGUUUGACCGAGAGUUUGAUCUAGACAGAGCAAGACGCCAUGAUGACCCUCUGACCCUCGGCCCCAGGAUCAAGUUCAGAGAAGCAGAAAAACGAACAGAAAAAGACCUACCAACCUCAGAAGAGGCAUUCAACUUCUUUACUUUCAACUUUGAGCCAGAGCCACAAGAUGGAGCUCAGAAAUUAGGCAGGAAGAGACAUAAACAGAAAAAAACAGUAGAAGUUGACCAAGGUGAAGAAGGAGAAGAAGAAGGAGAAGAAGAAGCUGAAGACAAGGAAGUUGUUGGAGAAGGUGAAGAUAAUCAAGAUGAAAAUGAAAACCAGGACGAAGAAGCUCCUCUUGUUCAAGAUGAAGGGGAGGAUCUGUUCGUCAUUGAACAGUCAUCGCACGACUUCCUGGAGAUGAAGAAAGCAGAGUAUGUUGGGUACCGGCAGCUUGUUCAGAGAGAGAGUGAGCUUCUCUUUACGCCCAGUUUUCGAACAGUCCCAACCUCCAUCAAACUGCCAGAAAACAUGAAGCCUCGUUACCUGGAGGACGAGGGUCUAUAUGUCGGGGAGAGGCCGCCUGUCUCCCUCACCAACGAGAACAUUCUGGAGAACCGCAUUCUGAAAAUGGAGGAGGGAAAGAAGUGGUUUGGAGAUGACGGCAGGAUCAUGGCUCUGCCUGACCCCAUAAAGGAGUCGUCCACUCGACCCCCUCUCUUCAACAUGGAGGACGACCUUGAUCCCGCACUGCAGACUGUGUACAGAAAGAGCAAAAGGACCAGAUUGCACUCAUCUCAUCACCCACUCUUCAGUCGUGAACAUGUCUUGGGGGCCCGUCUUGCACAGCUGUAUGAUCAGUACCUCACCAGGCAGCGCAAUAACCUCACAGGUCACCUAACAGACAAGCUGCAUGGAUUGAGGAGUGCACUGCGAAAUAUGCUUAACAUCCAUGGCGGGCAGAGCCUCAGUCAAGCCAUGCAGCGGAGGAUAUCUGAGUACAGUCUGGAGGUCAGGAACACUCGGCAGCUGCGGGACAGUGAGCAGGAGAAAGACAGGACCCUGCUGAAGAACAUUGUUAAAAUGUGGAAGGAUAUGAAGGCCCUGAGAGACUUUCAGAAAUACACAAACACUCCUUACAAGCUCUACCUCAGAAGAGAGAAUGUGGACCGGGCGACAGAUGAGCGAGAGUAUGAAGAGGAAAUCUUGGCAGAGAUUGUGGAAUGGGAGGCUGAGAGCGAGGAGGACUACCAGAGAAAGCUGGCAGAGUACAAGGAACAGCUGGAAGAGUGGAAACUCUGGAGAAGGAAACAGAAAGCCAAAAAGAAGAAGAGGAAAAAGAAGAAGAAAGGUCAGUCACAGGACGACACAGAAGAAGAAGAUGAGGACCGGGAGGCGAGCGAAUCAGAGGGGCCCGUUGAAGAGGGGCCCUCAAAGCCGGAGCCUCCAGAGAAGCCGGAGUUAGACUCCAUAGAGCAGCAGGUCAGAGAGAAAGCCUCCAGGAUUCGCAGGAAACCAGGAGAGUCCGUCCUGAUCCCCGAGUUGUCUGCAUCUGGAAAUAUCACGGCCACAGAACUCUGCCCGAGGGCUGAAACAGCUCGUAGAGAGGAUGUCACAAGGCAUUCUCUUUUCACCAAGAUCCUGUACAACGACAAAGAAGUUUCCAGAACAGACAGCCGCUCCCUGAACACCGACUUCAGAGUCCACUUUGGCCAGAUUUUUAAUCUCAAGAUCGUUAACUGUCCGCAAAGCAUCAAUUUGCAGGUCUUUGAGGAGAUCGGCUCUUCAUGCUCCCUACUGGCUCAAGUGUUCAUCCCAGUACCUGAACCCUCGGUGUUGGCAGGCAAUGCCCCUGUGGAGGAAUUUGAGUUUAGCAGCAACCAAAGAGUGAUGUUUGACCAUGAGGGAGUAGGAAGUGACGUGCCGCUGUCCUUCGAGGCUGACGGCAGUGACAGACAGACCCUGUUGACCUCUGGGAAGCUCUCCUGCUGUGUCUCGUGGGGGGUCGGGGACGACGAUGUCCCACUCGCGCCUCAUGUGUUACAACAAGGAAAACACAGUGGCUUGGCCCGCUUUGAUCCUGUCACAUACAUCGGAGCAUCUGGACUUUACGACAUGAAAAAAAUUGGCGAGUGGGCCACACAGUCGAGACUGGACCCCAACGAUCCAAAAAAUGCUGCGAUCAUGCAGCUGCUAAAAGUGGCCAGCAGUGGAGAGGUCACAGCUCCUGAAUACUUCCGUCUGGAACAGCUGCAGGAGGAGUUUAACUUUGUCACUGAUGAAGAGUUGGAGAGAUCUAAAAGAUUUCGCCUGCUCAGGCUCAGAAACCAGGAAGUUGCAGAGUUUCGAAAUUACAAGUGUGUCCCUGCUCUGGAGAGGGAGGUCACUGAUAAGGUGUUCCAGGAUUAUGAGAAGAGACUCAAAGAAGGAGAGAUAAUUGAUACUAACGAACAUCUAGAUUCCCACCGAGCCUUGGUGGCCAAAUACCUUCAGAAGAUCCGAGAAUCAGUCAUUCACAGAUUCAUUCUUGCCAAGCAUCACUACCUGCUGUCUGAUUUGGUGAUCGAGGAGGAGAUACCGAGCAUCGGGAUUCUGGGACUAAACCUCUUCAAGCUGGCUGAGCCCAAGCGUCCCCUGAAACCUCAGAGGAAAGAGAGAAAGAAGGUGACGGCUCAGAAUCUGUCCGAUGGGGACAUAAAGCUGUUGAUAAACAUCCUGCGGGCCUACGACGUCCCCGUCCGCAGGCCACAGAUCAAUAUUCUAGGUCAGACGUCUCAGGGUGCCAUCCAGGGCAGCGAUUGGCUCUGUAACCAGGUACAAGUGAGGCCCUUUGUGGAGGUUUCCUUCCAGCGCACAGUUCUUCAAACCACCACAGCUGAUGGACCAAACCCCUGCUGGAACGAGGAGCUGCAGCUGCCAUUCAGCGCUCCAAACGGGGACUACAGCGCGGCGAGCCUGCAGUCAGUCAAAGAUGAAGUCUUCAUCAACAUAUUUGAUGAAAUGGUUUAUGAAACUGGGGUGAAUGAUAAGGACAAAGGGAAAUCCAUCCACUCACGGGUGGAGAAGCACUGGCUCGGCUCAGUCAAGAUUCCCUUCAGCACCAUUUACUCUCAGUCCAGGAUUGAUGGAACAUUCAAGGUGAACACUCCUGCAGUGCUGCUCGGGUACAGCAAGGAGCGGAGUCAUGGCCCCACCAGUGGUUAUGAUAUUUUGCGGGGCCUGAGUGAUGGUGCUUUUAUCACACUGUUCAUCACCAUCGAGCCUCAGCUGGUGCCCGGAGAGACUAUCAGGGAGAAGUUUGACAGCCAGGAGGACGAGCGUCUGCUGCAGGCUUCAGAGAAGUUUGAGAGGGAGGCAGCUCAGGGUUACCCUGACCGACCCUGCAUCACCACCAUCAUAGACCUCAACGGGAAGACAGUCUUUAUCACACGAUACAUACGACCUCUGAACCCACCUCAGGAGCUACUCGAUGAAUUCCCCAACAACCCCCAGGAGGCCACGGCCCUGGUGGCUCGAUUCGUCUCUCUCAUUCCCUCUCUGCCAGACCGAGUUUCCUUCUCUGGUGUCUGUGACCUUUGGAGCACCUGUGAUCAAUUCCUCACCCUCCUGGCCGGAGACGAAGAAGAACACGCUGUGCUGUUGUGCAACUACUUCCUGUCCAUGGGCAAGAAAGCUUGGCUCAUAAUCGGCACUGCCAUACCAGAGGGACCCACGGCGUACGUCCUGACUUAUGAGCAGAGCCGGUACCUGAUCUGGAACCCCAGCAGUGGUCAGUUCUACGGACAGUACGACACCUUCUGCCCGCUGCAAACAGUCGGCUGUCUCGUCAAUGCUGACAAUGUGUGGUUCAAUAUACAAGAAUAUACGUCACCAAUGACAAUGAGUUUUGACAUCGCAAAAGCUCAACUGUGGAAGCCCUUUUUCUCACGAUCCUUCUCUCACCCUGGGCUGUCAAGUGUACAACCUGAGGAGCUGGUGUAUCGACGCACAGUCAGAGCGGCUGCAGUAGAGCUUCAGGACAGAAUCGAGAAGAUCCUGAAGGAGAGGAUCAUGGAGUGGCGUCCUCGUCACCCAACCCGCUGGAACCGCUACUGCACUACCACCCUGAAACAAUUCCUGCCCAAAUUGGAGCUCAGGGGGGGGCGGGACGUAGCAGAGGGGCACCGCCACGAGCUGCAAAGUCUACUGGGAGACAACAAGAUUACAGGUUUCCCUCUGAAUCUGCCAUUCUCUGAGAUCCGGCCCAUCGUGGAGGCCGUCUACAGCACCGGGGUUCACAAUGUUCACGCUUCAAAUGUGGAGUUUGCCCUGGCUGUGUAUGUUCACCCUUACCCUAAUAACGUCCUGUCUGUGUGGGUGUACCUGGCCUCAAUGAUGCGCACAUAAUAUGAAAAACACAUCUCAGUGUGUAUCACUGUGCUUUUUCUAGAAAUGAGCUGUAACUUUAUUUUUACAAAGAUUUUUAUUGAAUGACAUUACUCACACUAUGUUUGUGUUGUUGUAUAUCUAAUGUAUAUAAUGUGUAUACAGGUUAUUUUGGUAACAGUCACCAGUUUAAUAUCUGCACAUUAAAUCCCACUCAAUAAGAUGGGACCUUCACAAUAUGCGAAACAAACAUAAUACAUUUUACAAAUCAAAGCAGCCGUAGACCAGCAACUUGUGCUCAUUCGGUGAAAAUGUCAAAUUUUUGAGACUGAGCACUGUGGCUUUGAACUGAGUGAUGUAACGUCGUUUUUAAGGAUCUUAACUUAAUCAAGCAAAAUUUCCAGCUUUGUAGGGUUCCAUUGUCACAAAACUCAAAAUCAAUGCAAAAACCAGGAAUUUUAACCUUCACAAAAAUAGGAUUUAUUAUAUAGGCAAUGUUUUAGUGUCUACUACAACAAAUGUAUUUAAUUCAGUUUUGAAACACUAAAAUGUAUUAUUUGUAAACAUUUUUCUAAUUUCCAGGUUGCAAUGU